CAGCUCCUGUAAAUAUUGACGGGAAAGGGACUGGAAUCUCAGGAGGUUCCACACCGCUGGCUGCUCGUGAGGAAGUGAUCUCCGAUCAGAUUAAUGUGCUUCUGCUUUUCACAGGGGAUUACAAGGGGAGGAUUUGCAGUCGGGAAACAGAAACAAAACAUCACAGCAGAAUCUGACAUUCGCCCGAUUUAUCAUAACCUGAAUAUCAUUUGAUUUUGAACAUGGAAGGAGAAAGUACCAUUCACAGUGGAGAGAAAUCGUACAUGUGUCCUGUGUGUGGACGAGGCUUCAACCGAUCAUCUGGCUUGUCAAGACACCAGCGCAGCCACAUCGGGGAGAAACCAUGGAAAUGUGGGGACUGUGGGAAGGGAUUCAGAUUCCCAUCAGAGCUGGAAGAGCAUCGGCGCAGUCACACUGGGGAGAGGCCGUUCACUUGCUCAACGUGUGGGAAGGGAUUUACUCUUUCAAGCAACCUGCUGAGCCACCAGCGAGUUCACAGUAAAGAGAGACCUUUCAAAUGCCCAGACUGUGGGAAGUGCUUUAAAAGUUCCUGCGAGCUGAUGUCCCAUCAACGUGUUCACACUGACGAGAGACCGUUCAGGUGCUCUCAGUGCGGGACUGGGUUCAGGCGAUCAUCUCAACUCACUGUACACCAGCGAAUUCACACUGGGGAGAGGCCGUUCACCUGCACUGAGUGUGGGAAGGGAUUCACUCAGUCAUCUCACCUGCUGACACACCAGCGAGUUCACACUGGGGAGAAGCCAUUCACCUGCCCCCAAUGUGAGAAGGGAUUCACUCAGUUAUCUAGCUUGCUGACACACCAGCAAAUUCACACUGGGGAGAGGCCAUUCAUCUGCCCUCAGUGUGGGAAGAGAUUCACUCAGUCAUCCAACCUGCUGGCACACCAACGAAUUCACACUGGGGAGAGGCCGUUCACCUGCCCCCAGUGUGGGAAGGCAUUUAUUCAUUCAUCCCACCUGCUGACACACCAACGAAUUCACACUGGGGAGAGACCAUUCACCUGCCCCCAUUGUGGGAAGGGAUUCACUACCUCAUCCAAGCUGCUGGCACACCAACGAAUUCACACUGGGGAGAGACCAUUCACCUGCCCCCAGUGUGGGAAGGGAUUCACUACCUCAUCCAACCUGCUGACACACCAGCGAGUUCACAAAUAACUAAAGUGGUGGGAUUUUGCUCUUAAUCACAUCCAGGACUGAACCAUGUUCAUUGGGAUCUGUUUCUGCUGAUGUUAAUAAACUACAGACCGCUUAGGGGGGCUAAUAUUCUGGAUAAAUCUCAAAUAAAUUAGUUUUAUGU